AUGGGUGGUGCACAGUAUGCCCGCGGGAAGAAGGAAAGAAGCCGGUUUCCACCUACUACAGUGCGCCUGCAUGUGCGGAUUGUGUUAAAAUAUUUAGUCGGCUGUCGAUCCGAGCCAGAAAGUCGCCGGGCUGCUCGACACCAUAUUGUAGUGCAGGACGACCCUGCAACUGGUGCCAAUUUGAGGAGUGGGUGUCGAUGGGAUUCCGUUCGAAACCGCCGUCUGCCGAUGAUUGACGGAUCAUCGACCGAUUCA